AUGAAGGCAUCGACCAGAACCAACCGGAAGCUGAAAAGGUCCUUUUGGGGGUCCUUGGAUCGGCGAGGCAGUGUUUUGCGAUAUGUGCCCGACUUUGCAUCAAAGAAUGCGGAGGACUGGCUGCGGAGGCUUCGCUCAUUGCCGUACACACAGGGACGGGUGAAAGUGUUUGGCAGGGACUAUGCUGAGCCCAGGCUGACCUGCUACUUCGGAGACAAGGCCUACACCUACUCCGCGAGGACUAUCAAGCCGUUGCCUUGGUCACGUGCCCCAGUUCUCCAGGACAUUCGAAAAGAAGUUGAAAACAUCACAGGUGAAUCUUUCAAUUCGGUGCUUUGCAACAGAUACAGGAAUGGAGAUGACACGGUGGGAUGGCAUGCGGACAAUGAGCCAAUCUACGGGCCGCAGCCGACAAUCGCAUCAGUCACCUUCGGUGCGGAGAGGGACUUCGACCUGAAAGAGUGCAGCAAAGGAUCUUCUCGAAGUGCGGGCAGGAUUCGGAUCCGGCUCGCACAUGGCAGUCUUCUGGUAAUGUCUGGAGCCACACAAGAAUGCUGGCAGCACUCACUGCCGAGGAGGAAAGGCGUCAAGGACUGGUCUGCAGCUAUAUCACGCAGCCCGCGGAAAGUCCUCAACAAGACUUCGAGAUCCCUACCAGUCCGCUUUUUCGACACUUGA